AGCAUCAAUAAUAUUUGGAGUAUUUCACAAAGUGGCUGCGGUGUGCAGGAAGGAUGAAGAGCUGAUCGCUGGUUCCUGCAUGGCCACAGUGGAUUGGAAGGGAAAAAUAUGGAGAAAGAACAAGAAGCCGACUGGAAAGUGUAGUUUUCCCCCCGCGAACUCAACUGCAAACAAUACGUGACUUUCAAGAAGAUGGCUAAACUCAUUAGUGCUCUCCUCAUGUGCAUAAAAGUGCUACUUUGUGUGACACUGACGCAUUGCAUGGAAGCUGACUUCUGCCAACCUGCUCGGGUCGAUUCCCCCGCGCAUGUAAAGCAAGUGAUUUUUAGGAUUAAUGCGUUCAAACAGGAGUUCUACCUCCACCUCCAACCGGAUUCUAGUUUUCUCAGAAGGGAACCCAACGCACCUGCAGACCUCCAAGGAUGUUUCUACUCCGGGGAUGUCAACUCCCAGUCGGACUCGUUCGUGGCGCUGAGCCUGUGCAAAGGUCUUCACGGGGGGUUUUAUUUAAACGGUAUGGAGUAUUUCAUCAGCCUUGCAAAAGCAGCCCAGGAUGGAGACGCUCCAAACGGGACGCACCUCAUCCGCCGCCGGAGUAGCUCUUUGCCCUCCAGCAGGUGUGGAGUAGCACUUGAAUCCAAUUUUAACACUUCCCUGGAAAAAUACAAGUACAUGAGCGACCUGAAGGCUGCAGAAUCUGCGUUGGAAAACCUGGGGAGGUCUAAAAGAUUCGCCUCCGUGCCCAGAUUUGUGGAGGCGCUGGUGGUGGCGGAUGCAUCCAUGGAUUCAUUUCACGGUGAUGAUCUGAAGCAUUACCUCCUGACACUCAUGUCAGUGGCAGCCAAGCUUUACAAGCACCCCAGCAUCUUAAACUCCAUCAACAUCGUGGUUGUGGGCUUUAUGGUGCUCAAGGAGGAUGACAAGGGGCCCAAAGUUUCCAGUAAUGCAGCCCUGACUCUGCGCAAUUUCUGCUCCUGGCAGAAAAAGUUAAAUAAGUACAAUGACAAGCAUCCAGAGUACUGGGACACUGCUAUUCUCUUCACCAAACAGAACCUUUGCGGGGCCACAACCUGUGACACCCUGGGGAUGGCAGAUGUUGGGACCAUGUGUGACCCCAAGAGGAGCUGCUCGGUCAUUGAGGACGAUGGCCUGCCUUCAGCCUUUACAACAGCCCAUGAACUUGGUCACGUCUUCAACAUGCCCCAUGACAAUGUGAAAGCAUGCGAGGAAGUCUUUGGGAAACUAAAGGACAACCACAUGAUGUCCCCAACUCUAAUUCAGGUGGACAGGAGUCGUCCCUGGUCUGUAUGCAGCGCAGCAAUCAUUACUGAGUUUCUGGACCGAGGUCACGGAGACUGUUUGCUGGAUCAUCCCCAGAGGCAGUUGUCUCUUCCAGACAACCUUCCCGGCUCCAGUUACAGUCUUCAUCAACAGUGUGAGCUGGCUUUCGGGGAUGGCUCCAAGCCUUGCCCGUAUAUGCAGCCAUGCUCCAAACUCUGGUGCACGGGGAAGGCACGUGGACAGCUAGUGUGUCAAACCAGGCACUUUCCCUGGGCAGAUGGUACGGGCUGUGGGACAGGCAGAGUGUGCUACCAAGGGGCUUGCACUGAGAAGAACAUGACCAUGCACAUCAAGGUGGAUGGUAGAUGGGGAAAGUGGGGUGCAUUUGGAGAUUGUUCGAGAACGUGCGGUGGAGGUGUCCAGCUGGCCAGGAGGGAGUGUAACAAUCCAGUCCCUGAGAAUGGAGGCAAAUAUUGUUACGGCCUUCGAAUUAAAUAUCGUUCCUGCAACCUGAGUCCUUGUCCUGAUACAGGUAAGAGUUUCCGUGAAGAGCAGUGUGAGGCGUUCAAUGGCAUUAACCUGAACACAAACAGACUGGGCUCCUCUGUGGUCUGGGUUCCCAAAUAUUCUGGCAUCUCCCCCAAGGAUAAAUGCAAGCUCAUCUGCCGUGCCAAUGGGACUGGUUACUUCUAUGUUCUUGCUCCAAAGGUUGUCGACGGGACACCCUGUUCUCCGGACUCCAGCGCUGUUUGCGUUCAGGGGAGAUGUAUCAAAGCAGGCUGCGAUGGGAAGCUUGACUCCAAGAAAAAGUUUGACAAAUGUGGUGUGUGUGGCGGUGACAACCAGGGCUGCAGGAGGGUCUCUGGAAUGUUCACAAAACCCAUUCACGGUUACAACUUUGUGGUGUUCCUUCCCGUUGGCGCCUCCAACAUCGACAUCCGUCAGCGGGGCUACCGAGGAAUUGUCGGUGACGAAAACUACCUAGCAGUGAAGAACAGGCAUGGGAAGUACCUGCUGAAUGGAAACUAUGUGGUGUCAGCCGUAGAGCGCGACCUGCUGGUGAAGGGCAGCCUGUUGCGUUAUAGUGGCACCUCAACAUCCGUAGAGAUUCUCCAGGCCACCAGGCCGCUGCAAGAGACACUGACUGUGGAGGUGCUCUCAGUGGGAAAAAUGACCCCUCCCAGAGUACGCUAUUCCUACUACAUUGCCAAGGAGAGUAAGGAGGAAAAGACUCUGAGGAAAGACGAGAGGAGCCACGCGGCACACAACAGCGUCUUACUGGAUAGCAACAAAGUCGAAGCCAAGAAAAAGGUUAUGGGGAAGCGACCAGUAGACCAAUGGGUGACAGGAAGCUGGGAUGCGUGCACGGUGACCUGCGGUAGUGGUCUGCAGAAAAGGCUGGUGCAGUGUCAGAGUGUGGAAGGGCAUCCUGCAGCAGGUUGCGACAGUGCUGGCAGGCCUAUUGCUAUGAGAGCAUGUGGAGAUCCUUGUCCCAUAUGGGAUGUCGGGGCUUGGUCUCACUGUUCCAAGUCCUGUGGAAGGGGCUUUAAAAGACGGCCAGUGCGCUGCAUGACGGAGAACGGUCUCAGUCUGCCAAGAGAUCACUGUUCUGGAAGAAAGAAGCCUCAGGAACUGGACCUCUGCAAUCUGAGGCCAUGCUAAGGCGGAUGAAAAUGACGUUGGAUAUCAAUGGUUUUUGUUACUUUGUCAGACAGGGUGUGGGAUCAAUAAAACAAUAGCAACUUUGCUUUCCUCAACUGUCUAACCAGCUGUGGCAAGUUGGACUUUAGUAAGUCUACCUCUUCCUGGACGUGUGAAAUACAAUGUGUCCACAAAUUUUGCCUGAAGUGCAAAGUGAGCAGAAAAUCCUGUGUUGUUACCGGUAGCAAACCUUGACCUGUGGUGUUUUUCUCAUUUUCCAGAGGAACCGGCGUUAAUGUGAAACACAGUACUGUAUUGGAAAUAUUUUACUGGAAUAUAUUUUUUGUUGUAAACUCGUCUUUGUCGUAAAUUUAAACAGAAGUUCAGUCCCAAUCUGAUGAUAAAAAAAAAACAGUAGAUCCCCGCUUUUCACGGGAGUUGCUUUCCUGGACCACCAUCGAAUGGCGAAAAAAAACGAGAGUAAUUGUUAUCUCCAUUUACAGUACGUCCCAUUUCAGACCUGUCAACCUUGAAGAAAUUGUAUGAGUACUCAAAGAACUCUCGUGCUCACACUCUUUUCAUACCAUUUGCUGCUGUGACACACAAACUAUGGGGCGGAAAAAGGCAUUACCUUAUUUGUAGGUUAUCUUAAAGCAUAUCUAUCAAAGUAGAGCCACAAACUCACGAUACAGUUUGUGGUGUCAUUCAGCAAAUGAUCAUAUUUACAAAUACUGAGCUUGUGAUAACUGCAAAAUGUAACUUUUGCUAUUGUUUUCUUUACUUAGCACAACGGAGUCCAAACCUUUUUCACUGAAAAAUCUAAGGAUUUAUAUGUAUAUUAUACAUACUGUAUAUAUGACACGUACGUUUUUUCUCCCAAAAUUUCUUAUUAGUAUUAAAUCAUUUUUAAAAUGACGCAUGAAAAUGAAAUUGCAGUCUACUGGGAGGUAAUUCUCCAAAUAAAACAAAAUUCUCAAAUAAAAAAUUCAACAUUAAAGAUGCACAUUAAAGAUGCUAAAAGCAAUCAAAGGUACUCUAAGGUCAGUAUAUUGUACUAUAAGCUAAACAUCAUUAUUAUCUAAUAAUAGACAUUAUAAAGAACAAAGUACAAGCUCUGGACCAAAAUGGCCCCUGGGCUGCACUUUGGACACCCCUGGUUUACAGUGUUUCUUUUUAUGAAGGUGCAAGUGCAAGAAUACACGUUUGAACAGGGUAAUGAUUAUUAGUUCCUUAUCUGAAGUCCAGCGUUAAUAGCUGCAGCGUGCAGGACCGUUCUCAUCUCUGCUGAACAAUGGCAGCAUGCUGCGUUCAUCUUAUGCACUCACCUUUGUCUGCUUACGGAGGUGAAGUGUUCAAAAACAGGUGCACCGCCCCUCGAGGUCAGGGCCAGGAGGCCGGGGGCACGUAGCUGAGGAGAUCCGCCAGGUCCGAGUGGCCUCUGAGCAUUGCUGACACAGAGAGCCGAGGCCAAACACUCUGUCGAUCACCAGUAAUGAAUGAUAAUGUAAGAUGAUCCAUGAACAGGUGGAAUCGGAGUCACGGUUCAGCCAGUCACAGCACACCUAAGUGGUGCAUUCCCUGACUGCCGAACAAAGUGUGAAAUCCCAACGCUUGACGGGGAACGUUAGCAGUGAAACAUAAAGAUGUAGAAAUGGUGGGGGGUGGGGGUGUUUAACAGUGGUAUAUGUAUGCUGUUCAUUUUUACAUUCAUUAUCACGUAUUUAUAAAAUAUUACCGACUUGAGUGAAUAAGAUGUCUUUUGUGAGGAAAAAAAUGUCUGACGCUAUUAUUGGAGAACUGAAAAUGAAAACAAAAAAAAAUUCCGCAAAUUUGCAGUGCAGUGAAUGCUGAAUUGCGAAUGCGCGGGGAUCCACUGUGUAGUCAUGAGCCUGUGUCUUACCUGUGUCUCGUCUUGCUGCUGCUUGUUUGCCUUCUCCCUCAUGCCUGCAUAUGUUUGGAGUUUUCUGGUUGUGGAGCCACCUGAGCACACCCGAUUCUCUCUGCAAAUACUCUGCAAAUUAGGACUGCAUAAGCCAUGCGGCUGCGGCUGAAAGAUGCCCGACUGUUUUGGUUUCACUCACCGCAUUUAACUUUUGUUAUGAGUCACGCCUGAUGCCCCACAGCAGACACGGAAAAGCUGAGCAGUCAUUUUACUGUUUGUUUUGUUGUUCAUCAACAAACAGCGCACCAUAAACAGUUGGUAGAGCAAAAUAUACAAUAAGCUAAAAAAUGUUAAAAAAUUGUGCCGCACGGUGGUCUAGUGGUUAGCACGUUGGCCAACACAGUAACAGUCUGGAGAUCGGGAAGAUCUGGUUUCGAUUCUCCCUUGGACAUUUCUGUGUGGAGUUUGCAUCUUCUCCCCGUGUGUGCGUGGGUUUUCUCCGGGUACUCCGGCUUCCUCCCACAUUCCAAAAACAUGCAGGUUAGGUUAAUUGGUGUCUUUAAAUUGUCCAUAGGUAUGAAUGUGAGUGUGAAUGGUUGUUUGUCUAUAUGUGCCCUGCGAUUGGCUGGUGACCAGUCCAGGGUGUACCCCGCCUGUCGCCCGAAGUCAGCUGGGAUAGGCUCCAGCAUGCCCCCGCGACCCUAAUGAGGAGAAGCGGUAUAGAAAAUGGAUGGAUGGAUGGAUGGAUGGAUGGAUUAAAAAAGUGAUAAAAACUAGUUGGACUUGAAGAAGUAACUUGGCAUGGGAAAUACUGCAAAUUUUGGUAUCGAUCUGAUAUCAAGUAACUACUGGGCCAGUAUUGGCGUUACUGAUACUGAUACCGAAUGUAAGAUGACGGCGAAUACAAUCUAUAAAAUGCAGGAGAAAGAUUUUAAAUCCCAAAACGUGGUAACUAUAUAAAUAACUAUAUAAACACAACAAUAUACAGUAUAAAUACAGCAACACAAAACAAUGUAUACCAACAAAACACAGCGGUUCUUUGGUUGUCAUACACCGCACUUUCUGUAUGAUUCGGUUUUCACAGCAAUUUUGCCCCAGUUUUCGUAUACUGUCUAGGCCAGGGGUGUCAAACUUGUGCC